CCAGGAAGUGAAACAAAUCAACAAGCUAGACUCUAGACUAGGGCUACUAAAACUAUUCACAGCGAUAAUAAUAAGUUUAAUAAGUAACAAUAGUAACAUUGACAUCGAAGUGAAAUGAAGUAGAUCUAGUCUAGACUAGAUCUAGACCCAGAACCUACAUAAUAUAUUCUAGUUCUAGAUCUAUAAUCUACUGAUAUGAAUUUUAUAUGUAACUAGAUUCUAUAAGUAUAAUAUAAUUAUUUAUAUUUAAUAAACAUCAUAACAUGGUAAUGAAAAGGUUAUCUUUGAUGUAACUGACUCUGACAACGGAUGUUUCAUCAACCAAUUUGGCAUAGAAUAGAAUAAAAUGAUAGCUCAGUCCUUAUGACUCUAGUCCCUUGUUGAAAAUGCCUACCAGAAACUUGGGUGUCUUAUUAUCCAAAACAAAUAUUGAUGCUUCUCUGCUGGAAGAUAAACAAAAAUGUGAGAGAAAUGAUGAGUUAAAUAUGUGGUACCAUGGCAAAUUACAGAGAUUACAUGCUGAACAAAUUUUACAAGAAGCCGUUCAAAGAAACCCCAGCUUGAACUCGGAUGGUCUUUUCCUUGUGCGUGACAGUACAGCCUCAAAUGUUGACUUCUCACUUUCAUUCUUAUUUGAAUCUCGAUGCUACCAUUUCUACAUUGAGCGAGACAAGGAAGGAUAUUUUUUCAUUGAAGGAGGCCCUGUUGUUCAUGGCCUUGAGAAAUUAAUAGAUUAUUACAAAGGAAGUCCUAACCGUCUCCCAUGCAAUCUUUCCUUUAUGUGUAGAAAAGAUUUACCACCAUCACAGGUUCGUAAAAAUGGGCAGACAAAUCUUCUUCACAGAGCAAUAAUAGAAGACAGAGAGGAUUUAGCGCUUAAAAUUUUAAAUCACCCUAACUGUCCAGAUGUUGAUGCUAAAAAUGAAGAAGGAUCCACAGCCUUACAUGAUGCUGCCUUCAAAGGCAUGGACAGUGUUGUCACUCUUCUUCUCAAAUUGAAAGCAAAUGUCAAAAUCAAAGAUGUGGAAGGCUCAACACCUUUGCAUAAAGCAUGUGAAGCUGACAAGACCUCGACGUCUGUGCUGCUCAUCAAUGAGGACAGCACUUGCAUGCAAGAGAGGAAUCCUACUACUCACUGGGUCCCAUUACAUAUCGCAGCAAUGAAAGGUCACACUGGCUGUGUCCAGGUUCUGCUAAGUGGUGGUGCUGCUUUGUACCCAAGGAGUUUAGAGGGAGAGACACCAAUAGAACUGGCAGAAAAAUACAGAAGAAAAGAUUGUAUAGAUUUGUUAAAAAAAUUUAAAGAAUUUCCUGGAGAUACACAAAAGUCAGACUGGUUCCAUCCAGAAAUAGACAGACAGGGUGCUGAGAAUGUGUUUAGUAGCCAGCCUAGCACCAGUGGUCUAUUUUUGAUUCGCCCUAACAAAAACCAGGAUGGACAGUUUGUUUUGAGCUUGAUGAGAGAUAGAAAUGUUUUCCACUAUGAGAUUAAGACAAAGGAGUACAGAGGUCAACGGAUGUAUUACAUUGACGAUGGUCCACUACACCAGUCGUUGGAAUUCCUUGUGCAGUAUUAUCACAGAUUUGAAGAUGGCUUGGGGGUGCCACUUCGAGCCUCUGUGUCCUCCAACAAUCAACUAAAAGAUUUAACUAUCUGUGACACUUACAGCAACUUGACUUCUCCAAAAACUCCAGUCACAGAGACUGUCUCAGCUCACUCUAAUAAAAAUAAACCCAGACUUCCACCAAGGCCUCCAGAUCUUGACCCUUCACCUUCUCAAGACAAUGCUCCACUUUUGCCUACUUUACCAGCCACACCUCCUGUCACAGCUCCAGCCAUAUCUCCUACCAUGCCUCCAGUUAUAGCCCCUCCGACACCAGUGGAAGAAGAAAAAGAAGAGUUGAAAGAAAUUCUCAAGAAAAACUUAAAGCUUGGAAGUGAGCUGGGAAAAGGAGAAUAUGGGUCAGUGCUGAGAGGGGAGCUUAUUAUAAAUAAAACAUUGUUGAAAAAAGAGAAGAUUCCUGUGGCCAUUAAAACUUUUCACAGUGUGGGCAACAUUGAAGACUUCAAACUGGAGGCCCAUGUCAUGCAGUCUUUAAAGAAUGAUUAUAUUGUCCAGCUCCUGGGGGUGUGCCAGGGACCACCUCUAAUGCUAGUUGAAGAGUUUGUUCCCAUGGGCUCCAUGUUAGAUUACCUUGAGGACCACCCAGAGAAGGUCAGAGUGAAGCAGGAGCUUUACUUGUGGGCAGCACAGAUUGCGCAGGGAAUGAUGUACCUGGAGACCAAAAGACUUGUCCACCGUGACCUGGCUGCCAGGAACAUCCUUCUGUUUUCUUUACAAAAGGUGAAGAUCAGUGAUUUUGGCUUAUCUAGGGCAAUGGGCACAGACAAAGAGUACUACAAGGCAACAAAAGGAGGAAGGUGGCCCAUUAAGUGGUAUGCCCCAGAAAGUGUCAACUUUGGACAUUUUUCCCAUGCCAGUGAUGUCUGGAGUUAUGGAGUCACACUUUGGGAAAUGUUCUCCUACGGAGGGGCCCCAUUCGAGGACAUGACAGGUGUAGAGGUGAUCAAGUUCAUAGAAGAUGGGAAUCGUUUAAACCGGCCUGAGAAGUGCCCCGAUGUGGUUUAUGAGGUUAUGCUGAAAUGCUGGUCAGCCAAACCAGUUGACAGGCCAACCUUCACCUGGCUGAAUAAGCAUUUUGAUGAGAACCCGGAAUACAUGAGCACUAGGGAAAUCAUGAGGAUUAAUCGAGCUCGCUGAGAUAAGGGUUGACCCUUUUUUGUUGUUUCUGUUAAAACUAUUUGCCAGUAGUGUACAGUCAUUGACCAACUCCUGGCAUUAAUGCUCACAAUGAAUGGAACAAGUUUUUUUGGCAAAUGAGAAUUUUGUUUACAUAAUUUUUUUUUAUAAUUGCCCCAGCCUUUUUUUUUUUUUUUGGAAGUCACAGAUUUGAUAAGAAUGUCAACAAAUUUUUUGAUCAGAGAUUGUUAAUGUUUUUUAACAUAUAGUCUGUAGCUGUCUCUGUGUCGGUAAAAAAAAGAACCCAGUUAUUUGGUAAACUUCAAUGAGAAUUUAUUUUUGUCUUUUUUCUUAGGUUAAAUACAUUCUGAUUAUUAUUGUUUUGAUUUUCAUUCAAUAGCAGAUGAUUUUUUUAAUUAAUAGUCUGCCCUUAUAAACUAGGUGCAUUAAUUUAUAGUAAGAACUUAUCCUCUUUAAAGUAGACAAUACCCUUAGUCCCAACACAUUUGUCUGGAGUCCAAAUAAAAAUACAGUAGAGUUGCAAAUAUUCACCACCUGAAAACUUGGCAGUCUGGAUAACUCUCUCAUAUACUCAGGAGGCAAAAAAAAACAUCAACAAUUUUUAAGUCAAUUCUCAAUAUAGAAAGCUUGAUGCCCUCGUAAAGUAUAUGUGAGGUCUGUUUUAUCUGAGAAAUGUUUGCUGAUUCUGUACUGUAUUAAAUUUUUUUGUGGUUUAAGGAUCUGUUCCUUCAUUUAGUAUUUUCUUUUGUUUAAGGGCAGUUUGUUCUCUUCAGAUAAAUUCAGUUUUGUAUUUUCUGUAUUUUUAUCUACUCCCUCCCCCUCCCAUUCCGAUAAUCCGACAUUUUCUCAAACGAUCUGGUCCACAGUAGGCUGAUUUUUAGGAACUCUACUGUUAUCCUAGUGACAAUUUUCUGUGAAAAGCAAAAUAAAUAUUCAGUCAGGUUACAAUGAUGAAUUCUUACUAAGACCAUUGUUUACGUGAUUGUAUUAAUUAUUUGACUAUAAGUGCUACUCCCCCUGGUGAAUACUGACACCCAACCUGUGACCGCAGCUGUGUAUCAAGGAUUGGCCUCUUUAGUCAGACAAGAAGUUACAAAGGAAAAAGAAAUAUCCCACAAGAUGUAAAAUGCCACAGACUAUUUGACUGGUCUUGCAAAAAUACUAUUUUUUGUACAUGUCCAUUUUCUUUACAAUUAACCUAAUUUACUAACAUUAUUUAGUAACAUUGUUUUCAUCCAAGAAAAGUGUCAAGUAUACAUGACUUAUUGUUAAUGUGAUGUUUUCUGAUGAUGUUAGAAAUUUAUUUGCCAAUGUUAUUGUUUCCUGUUUACACUAACAGUAUGAAUAGUGCAAUUUGUGGGCAGUAAAAAAAAACCAACUGUUUCUUGUCCAUUGAAUGUCUAGUGAACAGCUGGUCUGUUCAUAACUCAAGAUGAUGAAAACAUUUUUUUUUCAUUAAUGUCAAUUCAAUUGUAGAUAAUCUCUUCCUAUGAAUAUUUAUAAAUGAAGGCUCAUGUAGAGAAAUGUGUUGGCAGGUGGUAUAUCAAUUGUAACAAUUUUGAAAACAUUUUAUAAUUGAUGUUUGUUCAUCAGAGUAGACCUGCAAGUUCCUUGUUUCAAACCUGGUUAGAUGGAUGAGUUACUUGUAACCAAUGUGCUUUGAGUUUUUAACAGUAGCCUUGCAUCAGAAAAUAAAAGUGAUUAAUCCAUGAGCAGAUACUCUGGCCACACAUGUUGACUUCAUUUUACUUUUAUCUAAAGAUCUUCAGACUUUAAAGUGAUAUUUAAACUUUUUUUUUAAUUAUUAUUAUUGAAGUAAGUUAUAUCAGUUUUGUACUUUUUUUCUUGACAACAAUAUCAACUGAAUCUUUAUUUGGUUUUGUUGUUUAUCUUACUUAGAAGUUGCCCCUAUUCUGGUGGGACGAAUUAGUUUCCAUGAAAGAACAAUUUGUAGUGUUCUAGAUAUUUGUACAGAGUAGAUUCUAGUUUUGAUAUUCUCUGUGGAUUUAUGCAUUUGGUUUCAUGUUUUUGUUUUCUUCUGGAAACUUCUAGCAAUGUUUAUGUUAUGCAAUAAUAAUGUUAUCACAAGGAGAAAACAUUUGGUAGUAGUGAGAUUUGUGUGUAACAAUUUUAUGGAGUUGUAGAAAUGGACUGAAAGCAGUGUCUGACCACAGUUUACAAAGGUGAAAGUGAAGGCUUAUAGUAUCUUUUCAUUACCUGAUUAGAAUACGAGCUUAUUCAAUAAGGUGGGAGCAUAAAAUUGUUAGCUUUCCAACUUUGACUCGUUCACAUUAUCAUUAAGUUUAUUUUAUUUUGAUUGUGUUACUAGCCUACUGCUAAUAUUGAAUUAUAGUAACUUCUGACUUACAUUGUUCUUAUCAUAUAACAAAUACUGAUGUUAUUGCUCUCACUAAUGUCCAGUCUGUAGUUUUAUGUUUUACUUUGUUCUUUAUUUCCACCUUUUUUUUUUGUCUACUACCCUUGGACCUUCCAAGUUUGUUCAUUCCUAAAGAUUUAGGUUCUGUACAAUCUUUAGGCUGAAACUUUAGAAUCUUUUUUGAGUCUGCAGGUCUAUAUCAGCUUAGUCAUCUAUCAAAGAAACAUUUCAUGAUCCUGAGACAAUGUUACAAAGUUAUUAUUUAAAAUAAUGGAGUCAGUCUGUGAUUGUAGUCUAUGUUUAAAGGGUAACUCUGAUGGUUUUGACAAUUUUUGAUAUAAUAUGUGUUUUGAUUUAUAGAUAAUGAAUAUAUUAUUCUUUUUUUUUUAUUUGCAAGAAUAACUUAGUAAUUGAUGUUUUUGUGACAUAAUUUUUCUGCGCAUCCAAAACAGUCAGAUUUUCACUGAAUUUCUGUGUGACGUCACGACGGUGCACUCAAAUCCUAUUGAUACUCAUUGAUAGGGAGGCGAAAAAGAAAUUAUCUUUGAUAAAAAAUUUUUUUCGUUAUUACAUCAUUAAAAUACUUUAAAAGAAAUUUCUAAUGGUGUAUAAAUUAUGACUGUAUGUUUGACCGUAAGAAAAUUAUGAUUUUUUUGUGCUGUUUCGACCUAACAUUGGUUGACAUGGAAAAAGUGAUGAGAGAGCUUGACGCUGGCUCAGCCAGCGAGACACACCCCCAAGGUCAAAAGUUAAAAAGUUGGAAUUGAGUUUCGUAGACGAUAGAUCUACUUAUUAAAUAAGAAAUUUAAUAGUAGAUCUAGUAUUCGUAGUAAAUUUCUAGCUCACAAAUCUGAUUUCAUUUAUAUUUAUGAACUUCAGUUGUUUAAAAUGUCUCAGUAGUAUCAUUAAUUGAAUUCUUUGGCCUGGAAAUCCAAUGUAUUGUUGGUACUGCACCUGGUAUUAACUUCAAUUUUUUUUUAAAAUCCCAUUUCCACAGCAGUGAAGUUGCUGAAACAGCUUCUCUCAAAAUGGUUUGAGCAUAAACAGGAAUUAGCUAAUGCCUUUGUAAAAUAUUUGCUCUUCAGGCGAAUAAAUUUUCCCCAUUUUCCCUUUAAAACUUCAUCUCUUGGAAACAAAUGAAAAGAGACACUAAUUUCUGUAUCAGCAUACUUGCUGAUUUUAUCUUUGUGAUUGGAACUACUGCAACAAGCUGAAGAACAAUAUUUAAUUUUCUUCAAGUAGAAAUAGAGGUUUAUAAACAAUGACCGAUUAUAAAUCAACGUGGAGACUAGAUCUAGCUGUGAAGCGUAACAAUAAAUGCGAUCCGAUAGGUCUAGAUCUAGACUAGAGAGUUUAUCGGUUAUAUAGGUCUAGAUCUAUAUUUAGCCAGCACCUUCGUGACGUCACGUUUUUAAAAACUAAAAACAUCUCGCAGAACCCCGUUUUUUUGGGGGCGUGGAGAAUUUUCUGUCUAAUUUAUUAAAUAUAAAAUUUUCCGAGCAUUUAAAUAAAAAAUGAUAUAAUGUUUACUAUUACAACUUUUUACGCAGAAUUUAAAUAUGUCAAUAACUAAAAUUUGAAAAACUAUCGGAGUUUCCCUUUAAGUCUGUGAUUGUUACCAUUCAAAAUAGACUUGUUUUUAGUUGAGUACUUUACAUUUUUUGGAAUGACACAGGGACAUUGAUGCUAGCUGGUGAAUAUUGUUUUAGCCAGCAACCUUGACAUCCCGAUAUCUUUUUUUGUAUUUUGAUAGUAAGUAAAUAAAGUGUAAAUGUAUGUUACUAUUGGGUUGUCACUUGUAUGAAUAGUUCUCUUUUCUUAAUGCUAUCAUUUGUAAAUAUCCCUCUCUUAGCUUGCCUCACUAAGUUUUAUCUGGCUUCUGCUUACACAUUGUUUCUUGCCAGCUUGGACUUUAAGAAGUCAAAACAUUUUUCAUUAUUUUCUAGCUAACAAAACUCAUUUCAGUGGCUCCCAGAAUCUUAGAUGUGAUGUCCCUGAACAUGACCCAUUCUAUACAGACUUCUACAUAGUUAAGACGUCUAUGGUCCCCCAAUGGAUGUUGCUUAAGUUUAGGGAAUUAAGAGUGAGAUAUUUUUAGAACAAGUGUUUCAAUGGGAUUACUUGUUGUUUGAUAGCAAGAAACUUUGCAGCUUAAAGAAUGUGUCUCUCCUAGAUGAUCAUAUGGUAUUACUGUUUGUUACUGAUCCAAGUAGUUUGGGCAGUCUGUUGAAAUUGUGUUGUCUGGUGAUUUGAAGCUUUGCUUACCUCAUGACAUUACAAGAAAAAAAAAUGUCUUUUGUGAUAAACUUAAUGUAAAUGUAACAAUAGCCGGUAAACAGUUUCACUGUCACAUCCAAUGAUCACAUACGAAAGAUUAUUUUGUUUUGAUAAUUUUUUGUUUGUUUGACACAUUAUUCAAAAAGUUUAAGAAAUAAUUGCUCUAGAAAUGUGCACUAUUAACAAAAAUGUGUAUAUGUAAUUGUAAUGUUCAUUGUCCAGGUCAGAACCCAGAGCUUUUUUGUUUUCUUUUUUUCAAGUUUCUUAUGAUUUGUGGGAGAAGGGGAAUCAUUAAGAAAUUUAACUAUUGACAUUUUCAUUGUGCACAAUUAUAUGUGGAGUCACAUUAGAGCAUUGUUUUUCUGUAGGUUUGUGAUAUAUCAAUGCACAAAGAAAUGGCUUGUCAUUUGUUUCUUUCAAUUUUGUCUGCAUAAAAUACUUAGGAGAAAGGGUACUAAAAAUUACACAUUUAAAUGGGUUAAUAUCUUUUUUUUUUUUUUUUUUUACAUACAAUUUUUGAGUUUUUUUUAUAAUACAUGAAUUGUAUAUUUAAAAAAAAAUAAAAAAAUAAAAACUAUAAAUAGUUCAAUUAAUUAUGAUUCAUUUAAUAUUUGAGUUUUGUGUAACAUUUCUACCCUUUAUUUGACGAGAGAGGAAAUCUUGACUAAAACAAUCCACCAAAGAAAGUUUCAAUCAGAUCAAUAUUUCCACUAGCUCAAAACCAAAAAUAUUACACUGCUCAUGCUGCUCAUGAUUGCUCUUGAUUUAUGUCCCCCUCAUAACUUUUUAUUUUUUUAUUUUUUUUUUAUUUGCAUUUAAUAAGAUAAAUCUUUAUUAUCAAGAUAAUAAUAUUAUAAUCAUUAUUUACUGUAAAAUUUGAAUUAUAUCUUCACAAGGCACCUGCUUUGAUUCAGAUGCAUGUGUUGAAUUAUAUCGAGGCAUUUUAAGCGGCUGAUGCAGAACAUUUGCAUAUUUCAGUGACAAUCUAUUGAAACUUUGGGGGAAGAAAUGAAUAUUCUGGUGAUAGCCACAAAACUCAACUGGAGAUAGCAAUAGGUUCAAUUGAGUUAUGAUUUUUUCUUUUUUGUGACCUCAGUUAUAUUUGAAGUGGUGGAAAAAGCAAGCCAUUUUGCAUUAGAGUUGCUCUUGUCAGAAGUUGCUGAGAAAAGAGGAAAUGGAAAAAUGAGCUAUUUAUGUUAUUUCAUUAAAUGUCUGCAUAAAAAGUAAAUUCUAACAUUUUAUUUUGUUCAUUGAAAAGUUGUCACCUUCAAACAGACAUCCUAAAACACCAACACAGCUCAUAAUGCCAGACCUCUGUACCAGUCCACCAAUCAACACUCAUUCAGUACUGAAUCAUAUUUGAAUUUGAACAGACUUAAACUUUAUUUCAAAUUCCUACUUUAAGCUCACACUUCAUCAAAGUCCAACCCACAGAGUUUCAAUUGUUUAUUUUGGGCAAUUGUUCAUGAUGCUAUUGAGUUGACAUUGGUGUACCUAAAUUCAUACUGUGAUAUUUAAUUAAAAUUACAUAAAGAUCACUUUAUUGUUUUUGAAUGAAAUUAAAUGUAUGUUUUAUGGUAUGCAGAUACAUUUUCACUUUAUCUAGAUCUAUACAUUCAGGUUUGAUCUCUUGUAGUAUGGUGGGUUAGCUAAGCUGUUAAAGCAUCUUUUGAUCCCCAUACUGGUCAGUUUUUUUCUCUUUAUUGUUCAAUAAAAAAAAAAUAUAUAUAAUAUAUAUAUAUAUAUAUGACUGUUUAGUUUGCUUAUUAUUUGAAAAUAAAAUAGGAAUGGAUUUUUUAUUUUUUUAUAUUAUCUGUUUUUAGUUGAGUCAUGGAUAUGUAGUCCAAAAAGCAGUCUGCCCUAUUCAUAUUUUUUGUCUUGAUUUUGGCAUGCCGACUGGUUUCCUUAAUUUUCACCUUUUGUUUCAUCCUUACCUUACUUUAAAAAAAACCUGUUUAAUUGUUAAUCCUUUUAAAUUUUCAAGGAAAUAAGGCAGAGUUGGCAGCAGAUAAAAAAUGUACUUUUGAGCACAUAUUCCUAGCAGAUAUGCUUCAAUGCCAACUAGAAGUGAUGGGAGUAUGUGAACAAUGACAAAGUUUUAAGGCUUAACUUUCUGGAAAAGAUAUAUAUUUAAUUUUUGUUUUCUAAGAACACACGAGGCCUUAACUACAUCACAUUCUUCAUUUUUUUAUGCCUUUCAAAUAAUAUGUAGAACUAAGAGUUAUUAUGAUAUUGAUGGUUAUUAUUAGUUAUAUAUCAUAAUUGAUAUUGACGGUCAAAAAUGAUAUGUUCAUUUAUAUUUGUUAUGUAGUAGCAGAUGUGAUGGUUCAAGGCUGUACAUUGUUUAAGAUUUAUAUAUUCUUAUUAACCAUAUGAAUUUGACAUUAUAAUUCAAUAUAACAUUUUAAAAUCUAAGAACUAAAAAAAAAAAUUAACUCACUGCUUAUGUUAACAAAAUGUAUUAUUUUUUUCAUAUAACAUUAUAUAAAUAUGUACAAUUGCAUAUAUUUCUAUUAUAAAUUUUAAAAAAUCAUUUGUGGCACUUGUAAAAAAAAAUAAUUUUUUAUUAAAACAUUGCUUCUUUCA